AUGUUAUCUACCAGCUCUCAGUCUCUUCUGGAGCUUCUCAGUCAAGUCGUCCAGGACUUUCCUGACGACAAGGCAGUGGAAGAGGCUUCAGGCACUUACUUGACAUACCGGCAACUCGACCACGAAUCUACCCUUUUGGCGCAUUGCUUGCGGCGGCAUGGAAUCCAACCGGGCCAGAUAAUUCCUCUUUUGACGAGCCAUUGUGUACACAUGGUGGUCGGCAUUGUCGGUAUACUCAAGGUUGGCGCAGUUUAUGUGCCAGUUGACGAAGAACGAGUCUCAUCUGACCGAUGGCACUUCAUCCUGGAGCAAACUCGAGCGUCCUUGGCUAUUCAGACGGGCAGCAAUGCUCCGUUUGAUGGCGUGGAGACCGUCCGCCUUCCGCUCGAUCAGACGAAUGAAUCCGAUAUCACAUGCACAAGCAUAGAUACUUCCGAGCAUGAUUGUUGGGAGGAUUUGCUGUGUAUCAUCUUCACCUCUGGAACCACAAACAAACCAAAAGGUGUCAGGGUCAGGCAGGCAUCCGUGGCCAAGUUUGUAUCCUCGUCACCAUUCAACUAUGAUCUCCGCCCGCGUGAUCGGGUGUUGUUAGCUCUGUCAGUUGAGUUUGACGCAUGUAUGGGCACCCUGUUUAACGUAAUCUGCAGCGGCUCGACCGUGGUCCUUGCCGAUCGAUAUAACUUCCAAACAAGAGCCAAGGAGUGCAAUGUCAUUGUGGCGACCCCGUCCAUGCUUCAAGCCUUGGCAAGCCCCAAAGAGGAGUCAUAUCCAGAUGUGACCAAGCUAGUGAUCGGGGGCGAGACGCCUUCACAGAAACUGCUUGAGGCCUGGUCUACACUCGGGGUUCCAGUCUGGAUUGCCUAUGGGCCAACAGAGGCGACCUGUGCUGUAUUGACGAGUCAAUUGAUUGCAGAUCCGGCGACUGGUCAAUACCGUCCCACUUGGUUCGAUCAAGUUAUAUCCGGCACCACGGUUCUUUUGAUGACGGAGAAUUUGAUGCCUAUUGAGGAGACAGGUCAAGAUGGUGAGAUAUGUAUAAGCGGACAGUGCCUAUCAGCCGGGUACUUGCACAAUGAGACUCUCGAGAAGCAACGCUUCGUGGAAUAUGAAGAGUCUAGACUUUAUCGAACCGGUGAUGUUGCUAGGUGGGUCAAUACAGGGGAUGGCCAAAAGGUUCUCGAACUCCGAGGUCGACAAGAUCGGACCACCAAAGUGCGGGGGUUUCUUGUCAACUUGGAGCAGGAUGUAGACCAGGGCUUGAUCCAGUCGGACGCGGCUGUUGAGGCAGUUUUUUCCCUCAUGAUUGACCAGCAACUGUGCACCGCAGUGGUGGGGUCGCAGUUGGACACCGAGAAGCUCAUCUCGAGCUGGAGAGAAAAAGCACCGCCAUUCAUGGUACCCGACCAUAUCUUUCAGCUGGAUGCUCUUCCUACAACUCUCAAUGGCAAGAUCGAUCCGCGCGAACUAGCACGAAUCCUGGAGGCCAAGCUAUCCCAAUAUUCUCAGCUCACACCUCAUCCCACAACUCACUCUCUGCGGGAUAUCAUCACGCAAGGCCUGUGCGAUAUACUGCACUGCGCUCCGUUUCGCAUCGACCAAAGCCAGAGUUUUAUUGCCUUGGGAGGGCAUUCGCUUGCGGCAGCGAAACUCUCCACCUAUUUGCGGCGACACGGUUACCAGAUACCAGCACAUGAUAUCUUGCUUCAUUCCUCGCUUGAAUCACUUAUUGCGAAGUAUGAGCAACAACGGCCAGAGACGGAGCAAAUGAUCUCUAGAGACAAUGUUACCUCGGGAGUACUCUCGUCACUUCAGAGCAUAAUGGUGCUUGAAACCUUGGAAAAUUCGUCUGCCAACGGGAUUAGAUACACCUCGUACUAUCGUACUAAGGAUAUUGCGAAGUUGAAAGCAGCUUGGCAAAAAGUUGCCUCUGUGGAGCCUCUGUUCCGCACGGUUUUCCGCACGAGCGGCACACAUCUCGUGCAAGAGCUAGAACAAGACCCAGCCUUCUUGUGGGACGAGGUCGUUGCAUCUAGUUAUGAGGAGGUAAAUGCACAUCUGGAAGCCGUAUCGAAGACGACUGGUCUUGGUACUCGAUUCUUAGUGUUGCAUCUCACAAAAGAUGGCCGUCCCAUGGGUGAGAGCAUGCUCGUUUGGGCUGUCCAUCAUGCCCUGAUCGAUGGUUACUCUGCAUCUUUGAUCUUCACCAAACUGGACGCAGCGCUCCAAGAUCAGCCAUUUCAAGCUUCUAUACCGUACACGCAAGCGGCUAUGGAUCUUUGUGCGCUUCAAGAAGCCAUGGCCGAUGACAUCGAAAGCUUUUGGAAGGAUCAAAACAAUCGUUAUUCAGCUGCAGCGGGAGAUCUCUUGUUUUCCCAUGCAUGUGGCCCAGCAGAAACGCCACGUCGGAAGGAGCAUACGAUCGAAUUUGAUAUCAGUCCGGAAUUUGUAUCGCGUCAAGCUCGACAGUUAUCAAUCACCCCAGCCACCUUCUUCUAUGCAGCGUGGGCUUCGCUGCUAUCCAGCUACCUGAAUUCGACGACAGUCAUUUUCGGCGCUGUGUUAUCGGGGCGCAAUCUGCCUUUCUCGUGGGCUUCUUCAGUCAUCGGGCCCUUGAUCAAUACUCUUCCCUUCCAAUGUCAAGUGAAUCGUUCUGUCAAUAACUCAGGCUUCCUUCAAGAAAUGCAUGGUCUCAUGCAAGAGCUUUCGAGAUUCCAGCUGUCCGAUCGUCCCUCAGAUGUACCGCGAUUCACAACAGUCAUGACUGUUCAAUAUGCAGGCCUUCAAGAAGGUACUACCGCGCUUCCGCCAAUACGCACGCCUUCCGUUCAGAACAUGACGGAUGCUCCAUUGACCGUCGUGGUCGAUAUGUCCCUUAAUCAGAUUCGAUUUCUUUACCAGGAUGAUCAGUUUCCAUCACAAACGGUUCAGGACAUAGGUGUCAUUUACAAUAACCUCUUGCGGGCGCUGACCAUUGAUUCAGAAGACAUGUUGGGCACAUGCUUAGCUCAAGGGUUAUCUUCAAAGAUGCAUCAGAGGCUGAGGCGCUGGGGAAACCACGAUCUAGACUCCACACAUACUUCAAAUGAAGGCCACACGUUGACCAGUCUCUGGAAAGGAGUCGUUGAGGCGAAUGGCACCUCUAUUGCGGUCGCAAAGAACUCAAAGACCAUAACGUACGCCGAACUUGCAUUCGCAGCAACCAGGGUUGCAAGUAUGAUCCAGCUACUGGCUGAGCCGGGAGAUGUGGUGGCAAUUUUCGCUGACCGCUCAAUCAACUGGAUCAUUGGCGUCUGGGCUUGCAUGGUUGCGAACACUGUGUAUUGCCCUGUGGAUGCUAGCUAUCCGAUGGCAUAUCAAGCACGCUUGUUACAGCAGAGCAAAGCUGCUGUUCUGCUCUUACCGCACCAAUCGUCACUGCAGCACGCUGAUAUAGCACCUAUCACCAUCGCCAUCGAUAAGGUAUUGCAGAGUAGCAUCCGGCCGGUAAGAGAACCAUGGAGGGUACAACGUUCGAGUGAUGCAGCGUAUCUUUGCUUUACAUCGGGGUCCACAGGUGUUCCAAAAGGUGUUUUGUGUGAGCAUCGGGGAGUGGUUGCUUACCACUCGGCCUUGGAAACACGUUUGCAUAGCGAGCCUGGUCGCCGAAUAGCCCAGGUCUUAUCAACGGCGUUCGACGGGGCUAUUCAUGAGAUAUUUGCCACGCUCUGUUAUGGUGGAACCCUUGUUCUGCGCAAAGAUGACCGAGACAUGUUCUCUCACAUCCGUGACGUGGAUGUUGCUACAUUAAGCCCGUCUGUAGCAGCGGAACUGGACCCCAAUGAAUUCCCUAACCUUGAAUACGUUUAUCUGGUAGGAGAACCUGUCCCGCAAAGACUGGUCGAUCGAUGGGCAACUACGAAGCGCACGUUGUAUAAUGGAUAUGGACCAACAGAGACCACCAUCAUCGUCUGCCAACAGAAAUUGCGAGCGGGAGCUCCCGUCAACAUCGGACCUCCUGUGCCUACUGCGCGGUUGUAUAUUCUGAAUGAUCAUUUUGAGCUGCAGCCUCCAGGAGCUAUAGGUCAUAUAUUUGUUGCCGGUACCCAAGUCAGCCGUGGCUAUUUCAAUCUCCCUGACCUAACGGCCUCGGAAUUCAUGCUUGAUCCGUUUGUCCGCGGAGCAGGUCAUGAGCGCAUGUACCGUACUGGUGAUGUGGGAUUUUGGGAUGAAGAGGGCAAUGUGCAACUGUGUGGACGUAUUGAUCGCCAGGUCAAAUCUCGAGGCUAUCGCGUUAAUCUUGAUGAUGUUGCCCACGCCGCGUACCAGGCCAUGCCCUCCAUUCGAAAAGCAGCGGCAACUGCAGAAGACACCAGCAUUAUACUAUUCGUCGAGCCUGCUGAUGUCAAUACUCACGAACUUCAGACAAGACUUAGAUCCACCCUGGCACCUCAUGCGGUCCCGCGAAGGAUUGUUGCCCUAAGGAGCCUUCCUCUAACUACCAAUGGCAAAAUCGAUGUCAAGGGCUUAGUAGCGCCAGAGUCUGACUCUCCUCAGGAUAAGGAAUGCCAAACUACGUCGGAACUUAUAACCGCACAGUGGCGACAGUUGCUCAAGUUGGACAGCUCCACGGAUAUUUCAGGGUCGGAUGACUUUGUCGGCCUAGGCGGAAAUUCCAUCCUGCAGCUCAAACUUGCAGCCCGCAUCCGAAGUACUUUCGGCAUACCUAUAAGUAUCCAGCACAUCAUAUCUUCACCUACCCUGAAAGAUAUGGUCGGUGCAGUUGAACGACAAAUAGGCAUAUCAAGCUCACAGAACAACCUGAGCGAUGCGGUCGAGUCGUUGACUUUGACGCCUACAAGCGCCUCACCGACUGAAAUUUCAUGGAUCCAGCGUUAUAUUGAUUCGCAGUGCCAAUCGUCCUUUAAUGUCUCCUACACAGCAUCUUUGCCGAAAAGUAUCGAUCUUCGGAAGAUGGGUAAUGCACUAGAAACUGUGCUGAAUCGACACCACAUCCUUCGAUCCCGGUUCACGAAUCUGCGAGGCCCCAUCCGGCGAGAAAUCGCACCAGAGCUCAUACGGGUGGCCUUCACGCAAGCAUUGCCUCUUGAUCAAGUCAUCAACAAGCCAUUCAGCCUUACUUCCGAGGAAAGUCUUGUCACGGCCCUGAUCGCGCCAGAUUGUAUGGUUCUGACAAUCUCCCAUAUACUGUGCGAUCUGACGGCACUGAACACCAUUCUGGACGAAGUCACACAAUGCUAUCACGGGCAGUCGUUGGGCCCAGUAGCGCGUGAAUAUUUCGACGUAACCAUCUGGAACGAGCCCAUCAGCGAGGAUAACAGAACAUUCUGGCAGGAAUAUCUCCACGGUCUAGACAUCCACCGCAGCCGGACGACGCAGAAGCGGACCUACCAGGGAACCUGGCAGAUUCUGCAAGUGCCGGACUCCACGUUUCAAAAGCUGAUCGCUUACAGCACCAAGGAAGGCAUCACAUUGCACCAAUUCUCUCUCGCGGUGACAAGCUUGGUACUCCACGUGCUCUGCGACCGCGAGGAUGUCGUGAUCGGCUCUCCCUACAUGAACCGCCCGGGAAUCGAGGAUCAAGGGGUGGUCGGGCUUUUCCUCGAGCCACUCCCCGUGCGAAUCGCCCGCGUGCCGAAGAAUUCGUCCGCCCGUACCAUCGACUUCCUUCAGUAUGUCCGCUCGGCCGCUCAAUCAGCUUUGGCCCACGCCAUUCCAUGGCAUCAACUGAUGGAGCUAUUCCAACUGCCCUUCCCGUCCGACCGCGACGAGAUCUUCGACUGCGCUGUCAGCUUUCUCGACGAGCGAGACCGGUCGGAACAUCUAGCCAUUGACGGCGUUGUCUCCCAAGACGUUUGGUCGCAAGGUGCCAAGUUUUCCGUGCUUUUUGAGUGGCAUGCCAGUGCCACGGGUUUAUUUCUGCGCUGCGAAUACGAAACCGAUCGGUUCUCCAAAGAAUACAUUUCGGUGCUUGAACGAAUGAUUCUGGAGUCCCUAGAGCAGCUGCUGGAACCAAAUGCUCUUCUUGCAGAUGUCAAAGAGGUACUGAGACAAAGUCUGAAGCACGACUGUGAGGAAUUGGGCCUUGAAGUCAGUCAAGUCUGUUCAAUCGCUCGGGAGUUCAUGAUGGGGUCCUGA